AUGUCUUGGACCCGUCUCAUCAGAUUCCUCGACGACGCGGGAAGGGAAACCUUCGGAGAGCCCGAAGUGGACAGCGCAGAGCAGGUACAUGAGCUGCUCACACAAGGAAGUCUCUAUGCCACUGAGUUCCAAGGUCCAAGCCCAGUGGCAGCCCUGACGAAGGGGUCAAGAGUCCACGUCAAGGAACUGCUCAACAUUCUCCGGCCGUCGGAUGUGCCCAUCAUCCGGUGCAUUGGCCUGAACUAUAUUAAGCACAUCCAAGAAGGCGGGCGCAUACCACCACCCUACCCCUCCGUCUUCAUCAAGCCAUCGACCUCGGUGGCCGGCCACGCUGAAGACGUGCCGAUCCCGCGGAUCGCGCAGGACGGCACGCUGGACUACGAGGGCGAGCUGGCGGUGGUGAUCGGCAAGAGCGGCAAGGACAUCGCUAAAGCCGACGCGCUGUCGCACGUGGCCGGCUUCCUGGCCGCCAACGACGUGUCGGCGCGCGGCUGGCAGCGCGACCCGCAAAAGGCCGGCGGCGUUCCGCAGUGGUGCUUCAGCAAGGGGUUCGACAAGUUCGCGCCGCUCAGCCCCGUGCUGGUGGCCCCCUCCGUGGUGGGCAACGCGAGUGGGUUGACGCUGCAGACGUUUGUCAACGGCGAAGAGCGCCAGAACACGAGCACCUCGGAUCUGCUGUUCGGAGUUGAGGAUAUUAUUGCCUUUUGCAGCCAGGGGACCACACUAGUGGCGGGGACCGUGAUUCUGACCGGGACACCGUCGGGCGUGGCGAUGGGGAUGAAGGAGCCAAGGUACCUAAACGACGGAGAUGUGGUGGAAGUGCAGAUAAGCCAGCUGGGCGCGGUGAAAAAUAAGAUGGCGUUUGAAUAA